AGUUUGAAUAUGUAAAUAAUAAGUCAUAUCCUUUCCGCUAAAACAUGAUAAACAUUAACGUACAUUAAAAUGUAAAUAGUAAAAUGUAAAAUAAUGUCGAUUGGGAUUUCAAUGCGACCGUAAGAAGAUUUACACGUGUAUACGACAGGCUUUUCGAUGGAGUCAACAGACGACAGAAGGAAAUUAAACAAAAAAUGAAGAGGAAAAAUCUAAUGGUUAUCUCUAUACUCGUCGCUCGUGACGUGGAUAUGCGAGUCCCGUCAUUUAUCAUAUUUUAAAACUUUGUUCCGUAUGAUUUCGUUUCCUUCGUAUCACCAGUACAUCUCAUAUUUCUAACAAACCACAUCUAUAAACAAACUCACAACCAUCACUGACAUUCAAAGAAACCAAACACCGAAAUGUGAACCCAAAAGAAACAUUCUUGCCCAUUAUUUACAAACAUUACUGCUAACACGGAAAAUCUGAACAAAACUCACAGUCGAGGGUGGGCGCCUGGGGGUCUCUCUACGUCGGCAGACCCUACCUGGAACGCUGUGUCUCGGCGCCCCAGUCGACGCACCCGAGAAUUUCCAUUCGGACGUAAUCAAGAAUGUGAAAAGAGUCGUUUGUUUAUGAAAAUAGUGCUUAAAUCUUUUUUUCCGUUGAAACAAAACUGGGAAGAUGAUCUGGACAACACAAAAUCUAAAGAUGUCUCCUGAGACCAAGUCUUGGGCGAUGAAGAAGUGGGUGCUGGUGGUCGUGGCGGCCGCGCUUACCGUCUCUGCCUUCGUGGGCUACCUCUUCGUAAGCGGACCGGAGGCUGAAGUCUACAGUACGGUGUCCUUCGAGGAUCGCCUGAAAGAGCUCUGCGCUUCGCCGAAACUGCCGAUGCCGGAAUACCGCGGCGUCAAGAGCUUCUUCGACUUCCUCACCAAUACCGACGCCGAUCACUGCUACUCGUGGGUUGAAUUCGGCGGAGAAAAGAUACCAAUACCAUCCCAGAGCGAAAAAGACUGUGCCGACGAAGUGCGGAAGUCGAAGUACAUUUGCUUCAACGACGAGUACAAGAUGACCCACGACCCAUGCGUCAUCUACAGCUUCGACCAGGACGCCGACUCCCAGUUCGAGCGAGAUAUGGACAUGUUUAGCUGCGAAGUCCAUUCCUUCGAUUUGGAGAAGGUAAAACACGAGCACGUGCACCGAACUGAAUUCUGGAAGGAACACUCCUGGACCAUCGGGGAAUUCCCUUAUGACAAGCCCCUUGAGGACGGGACGUUCGAGCGCCGCCGAUCGCUCGACUUCAUCGCUAAGGCACUGGGCCACACAGGUCGAGAAAUUAAGUACAUCAAGAGUGACCUCGAGGGUCGGGAAUGGAUCCUCCUCCGCCAGAUCGUUACGCAUUCGGAUCUCAUUGAUAUUCGGCAGGCGGGCCUCAGAAUGCACAUCCCACUGUCCGUCAACCAGAUGACCGGGGAAGCGCGCCACGAGUAUUUUGCUAGACUCUUCAAGGUAUUCCAGGGAAUGAGUUGCGCCGGCUACAAAUACGUCUUGGGUCGCCCCAUCAAGUACUACAAAGGCAUAAUUAAAGUGCCCGAGAUGUCCAAUACAACCUUUUUCCCUGCUUAUGAGAUCAACUGGGCUAAAGUCAUCAACUAAUCGAAAUCUAAGAUGCUGUAGCAACAGAAUUUAUGAAUGACUGUAAAAACUGUUUUUUUUUUUUUUUUUUUUUUAUCUUAGUUUAGUUAAACUAAGACCCUGGUGAUAUUUUUUUUAUGCAAAGCCAAGAGAAAUGUCAGUUGUAUAUAACAAUAGAAGUAGUUGUAUAACUUAAAUUAACAUUACACAGUAUAAUUGUGUUUGUUGUGGAAAAUUACAUGUACAUACGGGAAUAAGUUCAACCAUAAACGUCUGUAUGCCCUCACAUUUCAAUAAAGACUUGCCCAUAA